AUGGCUGCGCCCACUCUUGUGCUCCCCUCUGGUGUUCACAGCAGGCCUCAGAUCACGCUAUUUCCAACUCCCUGUUCCCAAUUCUCCCCUUCUCUGCUUUUCUGUAUGCACAAGGAUGCAGUGUCCUACAUGCUGAGGAUUGAGGGGAGGCUGUACACCAUCCACCUGCAGCAGCAUGCCUUUUUAUCUGAUGAUUUCCAGACUUACACGUGCAGCGAGCAGGGAUCUUUGCACUCUGAUUCUGCCCACAUUGAGGGAGCCUGCUACUACCGGGGUUACAUCGAUGGCUUCCCCAGCUCAGCAGUGUCCCUCAACACUUGCUCGGGGCUCAGGGGCUUGCUGCAGUUUGAGAACGUGAGCUAUGGGAUCCGGCCCCUGGGCUAUGCCCCUGCGUUCCGGCACGUGCUGUUCCGAGUGAGGGAGGAGCAGGUGGCAGCAGCACCCCCAGCCCACAGCCCCCCCGAGGCCGGGCUGGCAGCCUGGGACGUGCUGGACAAGGCCCGCGAGGAUGAGGAGCCCCUCUCGGCUGCUGCACAAUCUCCCAAAUACCUCACGGUGUAUGUGGUGCUGGACAAGGCUUUGUACGACUAUAUGGGAUCAGACCCGAAUGCUGCGACACAGAAGAUAAUCCAGGCCUUCAAUUUAGUCAACAAUAUGUUUAAUCCCCUUAAUGUCACCAUUGUGCUGUCCUCCCUGGAGCUGUGGGCAGAGGGGGAUAAAAUAUCAACAGCAGGGGACAAAGAUGAUCUUCUACGACGAUUUUUACAGUGGAAACAGCUGUCUCUGGAGCCACAGGCAUACAACAUUGCUUCUCUCUUAGGGUACAGGGACCAAGGAGCGUUCAUGGGUGCAGCGGCUCCAGGAGAGGCAUGCCAGAGAGAUGCUGCUGCCACAGUGGCCCUGUACCACGGGAACGUGACCCUGGAGUCCUUCUCCACCCUCCUGGCACAGGUGCUGGGCCACAGCCUGGGCAUGAGCUCCGACAGCUCCCGAGGCUGCAGCUGCCCCGGGCGUGUGUGCACCAUGAGCCCCGAGGCGCUACAUUUCAGCGGGGCAAAAGCAUUUAGCAACUGCAGCAUCAGGGACUUUGAGACCUUCCUGAAGCAGGGCAGAGGUGCGUGCCUUUUCCACAGCCCCCGCCUGUCCCGGCGGAGCGGCGCCGUCUGCGGCAACCGCGUGGUGGAGCCGGGCGAGCAGUGCGACUGUGGUACAGCCGAGGAAUGCCUGCAGGACAAGUGCUGCACUAAAAGUUGUAGACUGAAGCCAAAAGCAAAAUGUGCCUACGGAUUAUGCUGUAAAAAUUGUCAGUUCAAGAGGAGGAACUCGCUGUGCCGCCCGGCCGCCGAUGCCACCUGUGACCUGCCCGAGUUCUGCAGCGGCUCCUCCGCCUCCUGCCCCCCUGACCUGUACCUGCAGGAUGGGCACGACUGCGGCCACGGCACUGGCUACUGCUACCAGGGACGCUGCCAGUCCUCAGACCUGCAGUGCAAGCAGUUCUACGGGAGAGAUUCAAAGAAUGCUCCUGUGGGCUGUUAUGAGGAGAUUAAUGGCCAGCGGGACAGGUUUGGGCACUGCGGGUUCAGGAACGGACACAAAUACCGGCCCUGUGCUUGGAGGGAUCUCAGGUGUGGGAAGUUAAUCUGCACGUACCCGUCCAGCAAGCCCUUCUCCUCCUCAGCUGCUGCCGCUGUGAUUUACGCUCAGGUGCGGCAGCACCUGUGUGUGUCUGUGAACUACCUGAAUGUGCCGGCAUGGCAGGACCCGCUUCUGGUUCCUCCAGGGACAAAGUGUGGCUCUGGAAGGAUGUGUAUAAACAACACAUGUCACCCACUGUCGGUGCUGGGAUCCAGCUGUGACAGCAAAGCAAAGUGCCAUGGCCACGGCGUGUGUAACAACAAGGGCAGCUGCCACUGCCACCCGGGCUGGCAGCCCCCCGACUGCCGGAGGAGGGGGUCGCGCCCGAGGGGCAGCAGGGACAGCGGCCUGGAGGGAGGCCUGCAGCGAGCGCUGGAGGAUGGGGAGAUGGCCUGGCUGGUGCUGGGCUCCAGCCUGGUGCUGCUCGUGCUCACCGCGGCCCUGGGGCUCGGCCUGUGGCGGCAGCGGGGGCACUGCGGCGGGGAGCCGGCCACGGACGCCACCGGCCGGGACACGGACAGGGAGCCAGAGCCGGAGCUGAGCCUGGAGCCAGAGCUGGAGCUGAGCCUGGAGCCAGAGCUGGAGCUGAGCCUGGAGCCAGAGCCGGAGCUGAGCCUGGAGCCAGAGCUGGAGCUGAGCCUGGAGCCAGAGCUGGAGCUGAGCCUGGAGCCAGAGCCGGAGCUGAGCCUGGCCCCAGAGCCGGAGCUGAGCCUGGAGCCAGAGCCGGAGCUGAGCCUGGAGCCAGAGCUGGAGCUGAGCCUGGCCCCAGAGCCGGAGCUGAGCCUGGAGCCAGAGCCAGAGCUGGAGAUGAAGACAGGCACAGACCCAACACCAGAGCCAGCACUGGGGCAGCACUGUGGGCAGUAA